AUGAUUGCAGCAGCAGAAUCAAUCUUUAGUCAGACGGAGACAACGAAGGAGACUGAGAGCCUCAUCCGACAUCAGGUGUUGUCUCUUCUAAUGGCCCACAGGCCGCAGGAAGUGCUGCCCAAGGUCGAACGUGAUGAGCUUAGAGAACUCAAGGCCGACAAAAACCUGAUCAUCGUGCCAGCAGACAAGGGGCGCUCCACGGUUGUACUGUACGGGACAGACUACCUUCAAAAAGCCAAAGGUUUACUGGAGGACCGACAGUUCUACGUCCCAUGUGCAACUAACCCUGUUGAAACGCUGACACGCGAAAUCAAUGCUACGUUGGCCUCGGAGAACUCAGAUGCAAUAACGCCGACCGACAGACGCAGGGCGAGACCCCAAGAUACGGUUUUGGACAAAUUCUAUGGCCUCCCUAAGGUGCACAAAGACGGCGCUCCUCUCCAACCCAUUGUGUCGAUCAAAAGUACUCUAACGUACGGACUGGCUAAGUGGCUGUUCCGGCGUCUGAAGUUCCUGACCGCUGAGUCAGACACCACGGUCUCUUGGUCAGCAGAAUUCCUGGAGAAACUCAAAGGGGUAAGCCUCCAUCCAAAUGAGGUCAUGGUAUCCUUUGAUGUUACGUCCCCUUUUUAAUUCUAUUCCCCAGGACCUGGAGAUCGGGACAAUCGAGCUGAUUCUACAAAGCAAAUACGAUGAAACGGCGAAUCGUCUUGGACACGCCCAAGUCCUUCAACUCUUGAAGUUCUAUCUCAGGACGUACUUCACGUUCGACGGGACAGUCUAUGAACAGGUGAAGGGCACACCAAUGGGUUAG